AUCAAAGAUUUCAAAACUGACGAAUCUGUCAGCGAGAGGACUAGUUGUUUGACUAUUUUCGCCGGUAAAGUAGAGCAGAAUGGCAGCCACUAAAACAUCUAAGGAGCAGAAAUAUGACAGACAACUGAGAUUAUGGGGAGAUCAUGGACAAGAGUCUUUGGAGAAUGCCCACGUCUGUCUCAUCAAUGCCACGGCUACUGGCACUGAAAUACUUAAGAACCUAGUGCUGCCAGGAAUUGGCGCCUUCACCAUUGUUGAUGGGCAUAAAGUGUCAGGAGAAGACGUAGGGAACAACUUUUUUCUCAGUAACAACAGCAUCGGAAAGAACAGGGCCCAGGCUGCCACUGAACUACUCCAAGAGCUUAACAGUGAUGUGUCAGGGAACUUUGUGGAAGAGGCUCCUGACAAGCUCCUGGACAAUGAUCCCGAGUUCUUCCACAGGUUUAGCCUGGUGGUCGGGGUCCAGUUACCUGAAAGCACGUGUGUGAGGUUAGGCGCGGUCCUCUGGAACGCCAGCGUGCCCUUCCUCGUGUGCAGGACCUACGGUCUCACCGCCUACAUGAGGCUGGUAGUCAGAGAACACACAGUGGUUGAGUCCCACCCAGAUAACAUGCUGGAGGACCUGAGGCUGGACCAGCCCUUCCCUGAGCUGAAGAAGCACAUCGAGUCCUACGACCUGGACAACAUGGAGAAGAAAGAUCACAGCCACACUCCAUGGAUCAUCGUCAUGGCCAAACACUUGGAGAAGUGGAGAAGUGAGCAUGACGCUCAGCUGCCCAAGAACUACAAAGAGAAGGAAGCCUUCAGGGAGCUCCUCCGGCAAGGGAUCUUGAAGAAGGACAAUGGCGUCCCUGAGGAUGAGGAGAACUUUGAGGAGGCCAUCAAGAAUGUCAACACAGCCCUGAACCCCACUAAGAUUUCCAGUGCUGUAAAGGACCUCUUCAAUGGAGAGCAGUGCAAUAACAUCACUGCACAGACUCCAUCCUUCUGGGUGAUCGCGCGGGCGGUGAGGGAGUUCGUGAGGGAGGAGGGCAAUGGCUCCCUGCCUGUGCGUGGCACCAUCCCCGACAUGAUCGCAGACUCCCAGAAGUUCAUCAAACUGCAAAACAUUUACAGGGAGAAGGCCAUGCAGGAUGUGGCGGUCGUGUCUAAGCAUGUGGAGUCUCUGCUGCAGUCUGUCGGAAAGCCUACGGAGAGCAUCGCUGAACAGGAAAUCAAGUUAUUCUGUAAGAAUGCAGCCUUCCUGAGGGUGGUGCGCUGCAGGUCACUGGCAGAGGAGUACAGUGUGGAGACCUUCAACAGAGAUGAGAUCACGUCCUGCAUGGAUAACCCCGACAGUGAGAUGGUCCUCUACUUGCUGCUUCGCUCCAUUGACCGUUUCUAUCAGCAACACUCCCGUUACCCAGGUGUGUACAACUACCAGGUGGAGGAUGACAUCAGCAAGCUGAAGGUGUGUGUGAACAGCCUGCUGCAGGAGUACGGCCUCGGCGGCAGCGUGAAAGACGACUACGUCCACGAGUUCUGCCGGUGUGGAGCAGCUGAACCUCAUACUGUUGCAGCCUUCUUGGGAGGCUCAGUGGCGCAGGAGGUCAUCAAAGUCGUCACCCACCAGUUUGUCCCGUUAAACAACACCUUCAUCUACAACGCCAUGGCCCAGACCAGCGCCAGCUUUCAGCUCUAGGCUCCGCUGUUGGUCCACCCCAAGCCAGCGCUUUCUAUUUUCAUUUCCCUGUACAAAGACAAGACAUGUGUGUGUGGUGUGUGUGUGUGUGAGAGAAAGAGUCUCUAUGUAGCGUUGCAAUCUUCUCAGCCUAGCCUUGUUUACGUCUGUGUAUGUUGUUGCUGGCCAAGAAUGUUGUUGGCCACCAUAAAUACUUCAAACUUU